AUGUCAACCAGAAUUGUAAUUAUAGGUACUGGCUUUGCCGGAGUCUGGAGCGCCUUCUCGGCCCAACGUCUCAUCAACAUCAAGAACAAAGAGCAGGACAUUCAAGUUCUCGUCAUUUCCCCCGAACCAUCGCUCACUCUCCGCCCACGUCUAUACGAGCCUAAUCCCUCGACUAUGAAGCAACCCCUCGGACCUCUUUUCACAUCUGCCCGUAUUCGGUUCUUGCAAGGCACCGUCGAGACAAUCGAUACAAACUCGCAGACUGUCCAGGUCAGGUCUCCAUCUGGCGAUGAAUCUGUUGUUUCUUACGAUCGGCUCGUCCUUGCAGCGGGAAGCGCAGUUGUGCGACCUAAGAGUGUCAUCGGUCUUGAUGAGCAUGCGUUUGACAUUGAUUCAAUUGCAGCUGCUUCCAAACUUGAAUCUCAUAUCAAGAAUCUGGCAUCCCUCCCCGUCAGCAAGGCCCGCAACACCGUGGUUGUGUGCGGUGGUGGCUUCACUGGCGUGGAGAUUGCGACAGAGCUGCCAAAUAUGCUCAAGCAUAUUGAGAACCCCCGCGUUGUUCUCGUUGAGAGUGCUCCAGUUGUCGGUCCCGAGCUGGGGGAAGGUCCUCGUCCUACCAUAAUGAAAGCCCUUGAAAGCCUUGGUGUUGAACUCAAGCUCGGUGCUUCUAUUACUUCGCUUGACUCAAGCGGAGUAAAUCUUUCGUCUGGAGAGCGGAUUGAAUCGAUGAAUGUGAUUUGGACCGCUGGCGUACGAGCGACGUCCCUGACUCAGCAAAUUCUCGGGAAGAAGGAUACGCUCUCCCGACUUUACGUCGACCAAGAUCUCCGCGUCCCCGGUUGUCCUCACGUCUUUGCCACUGGCGACGCUGCCCAUGCCACCACUGAUAAAAAAGGCAAUGUCACCAUGCCCUCCUGCCAACACGCCGUCGUCCUAGGCCGUUUCUCAGGCCACAACGCAGCAGCAGACCUCCUCGGCGAAUCAACCCUACCGUAUUCUCAGCCUGGAUACGGCACAUGUCUCGACCUUGGCCCAUGGGGUGCGUUGCUAGCUAAUGGCUGGGACAGGGAUGUUACAGUGACCGGGCAGAUCGCAAAGCAGGUGAAGAGAUAUGUCAACCAGAGAGUGAUCAUCCUUCCGGAUACCGCCGAGGAGGCACUAGAUGCUGCGGAUCCUGCUUCUUAUGACUCUGGAAGCCGGCUUAAGCAUGUUCUCGGGGUCUUGAGGUGGACGUUGCGCAAUUGA